AUGGUAACCUCUUGGGUCAUCACAGCUGCAUCCACUGACACCUUGGAAGCAAAUGACAGAAACUCCACCCACAUUCAUUCUUAUGACCCCUGCGAGAGUUACACCCGCCUGGAUGAACCCUCACGGAGUAUGGAGUACACAGGACAGGGCCAGCUGUGUGACAGGGACAAGAAUGGCUGGUACCGCUUUGUGGGAGAUGGAGGAGUGAGGUUGCCAGAGACCUGUGUCCCAAUGUACCGAUGCCAGACAGAUGCCCCUAUGUGGCUGAAUGGGACUCACCCCACCCUGGAGGAGGGCAUUGUCACCCGCACCGCUUGUGCCCACUGGAGCGGCAACUGCUGUCUCUGGAAGAGCGAGGUGCAGGUGAAGGCCUGCCCGGGCGAGUACCAUGUGUACCAGCUGCAGGGCACCCCCAAGUGUAGUCUGAGGUACUGCACAGACCCCUACACUGCGAAGAACAAGUGUGAGAACACCUGCCGCCCGGAGGAGGAAUGCAGCUUUCUCAACGGCACCUGGGACUGUUACUGCAGACAGGACCUCAACAGCUCUGAUGUCCACAGUUUGCAGCCUCAGCUAAACUGUGGGGCUGAGGAGAUCAAGGUGUCACUGGACAAGUGUCAGCUGGGAGGCCUGGGUUUUGGGGACAAGGUCAUUGCCUACCUGCGAGACUGGAACUGCAACAGCAUCACGCAAAGAGAGGAGAGAAAUUGGAUAUCCGUGACUAGCCCUACUGAGGCUAGGGCCUGCGGAAACAUUCUGGAGAGAAAUGGAACCCAUGCCAUCUACAAAAACACCCUCUCCGUGGCCAAUGAGUUCAUCAUCAGAGACACCAUCCUCAACAUCAAUUUCCAGUGUGCCUACCCACUGGACAUGAAAGUCAGCCUCCAAACCGCCCUGCAGCCCAUUGUAAGUUCUCUGAACAUCAGUGUGGACGGGGAUGGAGAGUUCACUGUCAGGAUGGCCCUGUUCCAAGACCAGAACUAUACAUCUCCUUACGAAGGGGCCGUAGCUGUGCUGGCUGUUGAAUCCAUGCUCUAUGUGGGAGCCAUCCUGGAGAGAGGGGACACCUCCCGGUUUAACCUGUUUUUGAGGAACUGCUAUGCCACGCCUACUGAAGACAAGACUGACCCUGUGAAAUAUUUCAUCAUCAGAAAUGGCUGCCCAAAUCAAUAUGAUUCCACCAUCCAUGUGGAGGAGAAUGGGGUGUCCUCAGAAAGCCGGUUCUCAGUUCAGAUGUUCAUGUUUGCUGGAAAUUAUGACCUAGUUUUCCUGCAUUGUGAGAUUCAUCUCUGCGAUUCCCUUAAUGAACAGUGCCAGCCGUCUUGCUCAAGAAGUCAACUCCGCAGUGAAGUAGUGGCUAUCAACCCAGCCCAGGUUCUAGAUUUGGGACCCAUCACUCGGAGAGGCACUCCGUCUCUUGGCGUCGUGAACGGAACCCCCAACUCUGCAGGGUUCCUGGUGGCCUGGCCCAUGUUUCUCCUGCCUGUGCUCCUGGCUGGGCUGUUCUGA